CUGGAAGUCUUUGAAGAUCGAUAACUUUGCUGAGGUUGUCCAGGUGGGUGAACUCGAAGACCCACAGUGACUGGAACAUGCUAUUUAAUGCGUCAUACUGCGUUCUGUAGAAGUUAUUUGUAGCCAUAGUUGAUCAUUGCCUUGCAUGUAUGAGCAGGUGGUUUUUUAAGAAGUGACUCCAUUUUCAGGCUUCCAGGUGUGCUCCAAGUCAUAUUAUUGAGGACGUGGAAGAGAACACUUGCUGACAAAGCUCCUGGCAGCUUUACAGAACUUUAAUUUAAUAUUGUGUUAGUUCAUGUAACAGCUGAUUUCAAGGCAUUGCUCUCCUCAAGAGACUAAUUUGAUGAACAGAAGAAAGCUGGAAAAAUGCUUGUUACUCAUUAUUUUUCACUUGUUGGUACUUUCUUUAGGGUUACUUUUAAAAAGAAGAUUUCACUGAUCACAAGUCAGUAGAAGACUUUCAGCCCAAGCAAGGGUGAAGACAGCUCUCUCCAAGAGCAGAGGAAGUCCCUGUGGAGAGAACCCGAGCUUGUUAUCAGAACUUGUCGGCAUGUCUAAACAAGGAGACGAUUGCUACUUCUAUUUCUAUUCUACCUGUACCAAGGGAGACAACUGUUCCUUCCGCCACUGCGAAGCUGCUCUGGGGAACGAGACGGUCUGCACGCUGUGGCAGGAGGGUCGUUGUUUCAGGAAUGUCUGCCGAUUCAGACACAUGGAAAUUGAUAAAAAGCGCAGUGAGAUUCCCUGCUACUGGGAGAACCAGCCAGUAGGCUGUCAGAAAGCCAACUGUGCUUUUCAUCACACAAAGGGACGUUACAUCGAUGGAGUCUUCUUACCACCAAGCAAGACUACACUGCCAAGUCCGCCUGAGUCCGCGGACGAUGAUUUGAAAGUGGCUCAGAUGUCACUGCAGCAAAACAAACUUUCUGUCCAGUCCAAUCCCUCUCCAUAGCUAAGGGGGGUGAUGAAAGUGGAAAACUCUGAAAACGUCCCAAGCCCUACACACCCUCCAGUUGUAAUCAGUGCUGCAGAUGAUGAUGAAGAUGAUGAUGACCAGCUUUCUGAGGAAGGAGAAGAAACUAAAACUCCCAUCCAGCAACCAGCUGAGGAAGGCCAAAAUGGAUUACGGAUGAUUUCCACUCGGAAAGCCAGUGCUACUACUGCUAAACAAGAGGACGGUCCGAAUUUUGGAAUAAAAACACUUGAAGAAAUCAAAUGGCAGAAAAUGAAGGAAAAAACUAAGAGACACGGUGAAGGUCCUUCAAGAUCUUCUCUUCCUCCCGUCAAUUCUAUGAUUUUUCCUGCUCCGGUAAAGGAAAAUGUCCGGACAGUGGUGAGAACUGUGACACUGUCUACAGAGAAAGGGGAGGAACCUGUGAUUCAACUAGAUCUUGCUGAGAAACAAGGAAAACGGAAAGCCUCCGUGGCUGAUGUAAGCGCCCUUCCAGUGAAGCGCAGCCUUGCUGAAAGGCUGGGGAAGAAGGUGGAGGUUCCGGGAAAUGCUGACAAAGCACCGAAGAGAGUUCAAGUUCCCAAGUCUGUGAAGGAGAGACUAGGAUUACCUUUUCAACAGACUAGUACUGCGAAAGGGAAGGCUGCUAAGCCAAAGGGAGAGAUCCAUGUGAAAACACUGGAGGAAAUCCGUCGUGAGAGCGCUCUUCAGAGACGAGAAACUCAAGCCAAAGCCCAGGCUGAAUGGCAUGGUAAAACCGAAGAUCCCAGCGCAGGGGCAAAAAUUCAGGGUGAGCCCAAGAAGCAGAGUGUGCUCACUCUGUCCGGGCCCAGCAAAGUGCAGUCGAAGGAGCCGGCAGGUAAAGUCAAGCCAGAAGGAGAAGUGCGUGUUAAAACCUUGGAAGAAAUAAAGCGCGAGAAAGCUCUGCGGAUGCAGCAGAGUGGAGGAAAUGUGCCAGCUCCCCCAGCACAACCUGGACCUGCCCCAGCAGGGCAGAAAUGGUUAUGGAACACAAAGCUAACAGCACCUGAAAAAGAAGAAAAGAAGACAGUGGAAUUGAACCGGCCUUUUCCAAAACUUUACUCUGUACCUGAUGUACAGCCCACUCAGCAGAGUGCAACUCGUACUAAAUUUCAAGUGAAGAGCAUCGACGAGAGACUGUGGGAGAAGUGGCAACUGAGAGAACAACAAGAGAAGCUUCGGAAGGAGGCAGCUGCCGUCCCAUCUACUGCUGGGAAAGAGGCAGCUCAAUUUCAGGAACAGGAAGCUAAAAGUAAGUGUUGA